AACCACAGCUGCUUUGUUUCUUUCUCCUCAGCUUCUCGUGAGCGCUCCAUCAUCGAGCGCGGCCUGACUUCCUUCCACGAUGUUUCCUGCAUUCGCUUCGUCAGACGCACGGGCCAGAGAGACUUCCUGAACAUCCAUUCAGAUGGCGGCUGCUACUCGUACGUGGGGCGUCGGGGCUACUCCCAGACGGUGUCUCUGGACCAGCAGGGCUGCCUGUAUCACAGCACGGUUCAACACGAGCUGCUGCACGCGCUCGGGUUCAACCACGAGCAGUGCCGCUCCGACAGAGACCAGCACAUCUGGAUCCUGUGGAAGAACAUCCAUCCUCUAAAACACCCUCAAAUAAGCCCUUAA